CUUCAUGGCUGUGGUGAAUAUCAGUGUGAACGCGGACCAUUUUCACUCGAGUAUUUCCCUUGAAAUUGUGCCAUUUCCCUUGCAAAGGGUCUUCAAAGUGCUCCAAAAUCUUGCUCAUAGUGUUCGCUGUCUUCCCAUUGACGCCACCACGAACAGGUGUGGAUGAGCCACAGGAAGGUGUGCAGAUGAGACAAAGCGCAGAGAAGAGGCUGACGAAGUGAAGCACGUGGAGGAAGAAAGAUGUGAGAAGCGGGAGAAUUUUUGGCAAAAAUCAAGACUGAGGAAGAUAAAAUAUCUGUCGAGUGCGUGUUGGUGAAGAGUAGCGAUAUGGCUGCUACACAAAAUGGCAGCAAGAGCAUCAACGGCGGUGGCGGCAGAGAAUUCGUGGAGGGAUGGACCCUGGCACAGACUCUCGGCGAAGGAGCAUAUGGAGAGGUGAAAUUGCUGAUAAAUCAUCAAACUGGUGAGGCGGUGGCGAUGAAGAUGGUCAAUUUUGACCGACAUCCCGAUGCCAAAGUGUCUGUGAAGAAGGAGGUGUGCAUCCAGAAGAUCCUGCAGAACCCUCGAAUACUGAAGUUUUACGGGAAAAGGACUCAGGGAUCGAUAGAGUAUAUUUUCCUCGAAUAUGCGGCCGGCGGUGAGCUUUUUGAUAGGAUUGAACCCGAUGUUGGAAUGGCGCAGAGUGAGGCACAGAGGUAUUUUUUGCAACUCAUGUCCGGCGUAAAGUAUCUCCAUGAGCGCGGUGUGGCCCAUCGAGAUCUCAAGCCCGAGAAUAUUCUUCUGGACGAGAGGGACAACAUAAAAAUUUCAGACUUUGGUAUGGCCACCAUGUUUAGGAUGAAGGGACAGGAGAGACUUCUCGACAAACGAUGUGGAACAUUGCCUUACGUGGCGCCCGAAGUUCUUGUGCGACCUUACGCUGCAACGCCGGCUGAUAUUUGGUCUUGUGGCAUCAUCCUCGUUACUCUGUUGGCUGGAGAAUUGCCGUGGGACAAACCGACGACAUCGUGUAAGGAUUUUCUCAUGUGGAAGGAAAAUACCACGUGGACGUCGAUAACGCCGUGGAAGAAGCUGACAACACUGCAAUUGUCGCUGUUGAAGAAAAUUCUUGCCAUUGAGCCCAAGGAGAGAUUGACUAUGCAGCAAAUUUUGGAUCACAAAUGGUGCAAUUUGAGGUUCAGUUCAACAGAUUGCGCUAAUGCGGAUGACCCACUGCAACACCAGAGAAAGCGACUUCGUUCAGAUUUGGACAUCUCUGGAGAGCGCGAGAUCAGCGGUAGGAUUUACUUAACGCAGCCCAAUGAGCGCUCAACGGACACCACAGACGCUGUUGGUCUGGAAAUGCAAACUAGUGGCUUCUGCUUCUCGCAGCCGACGCUCCUGGACGACCUCAUUCUGUGCAGUCAGAUAAAUCCGACACAAGGCACGCAGUCGAGUCAAAGUCUGAUGCAGCGCCUCGUGAAGCGAAUGACACGAUUCUUCGUGGUCACAAAGUGCGAAGAGACCAUCAAAAGGAUUUCCGCUGCUGUGAGCAAGCUGGGCUGCACGUGGAAGUGCGGCGAGGGCGGAACGAUGACGGUGUCCACAGUGGACAGGAGAAAGCUGCAGCUCAUCUUUAAGGUUACCCUCAUUGAGAUGGAUGGCCGCUUGUUGGUGGACUUCCGGCUGUCGAAAGGGUGCGGCCUGGAGUUCAAGCGGAGCUUCAUCAAAAUCAAGAACACACUGAAAGACAUUGUGGAUAGUUAGGAGGAUGACUUGUGCCAUUGACGCUCUUUUGCACGAAACGUCGAGAGCGAUGACCUCCGGAGGUCAAGUGGUUGGCGUUGCGGCGAGUGGCGCGUCAUUCGGCAACAGCCAAGACGGAGGGAAGCUGACUCACUGACGAAAAUAUCAGCGCAGAAGAAUAUUAAUAGUUUUUUAUUGAUCAACUGACAUCUAAGUUAAGUGUUACAUUGUAUUUCACCGUUUGACGAUUUUCUCAAAUAAAUGAUUUAAGCAUUGUA